UCUAAUAGCCAGUAUAAACAGGAGGAAAGAUUACAGCGAGAAAAACCUCUUUCACUGCUUUCACUGCAGAGGAAAGUGACAAACUGCACAUUCACGCUUUUUAAUAUUCAAUUAAACUGCUGACGGGAGGAAUAAUCUCUACUCAUGUUGUUAGAAUUUCAGUGUUUCCAAAGAAUUACCUAGCAACUUACUUGACUAACACCGGCACAUUGUUUGCUCAUUGUACAUUUUGUGCAAUGUGUCAGGAAUCAAACCACAGUCGCAGAGGAGACUAUGAUGUAUCUUUCCAAUGAGGAAGAAGAGGUUAUUAAAUUCUCCUUAUAAUUAAUUAUUGUAGAUAAUGGUCUUUAUGGCCAGUGACCAUUUGAUAAUAAUGUUCUUUGGAGAUUUUGUGAAAAUGUGUCACACUGCUUAAAGCUCUGACUUGCUGCUACUAUGCAUUUAUUAUGGUGACAAUUGCUUGGCUGUCUUUGCAGUCUGGAUCAGGCUUCAAUCAAAUUAAAUCGGCAGUUGUGUUUUUUAUUGACUACUUUUACUGAAACUACAAUGCAACAUUCACACUUCAACAGGGAUGGUGCUUGUCCAGACAGGCCUCGUGAAUCACAAGUAGAUUUCCAAGAAGAGACAGAUCACUCCAAGGAGACUGAUUGGAGACUGGCUAAGUAUUCUCUUCAUUAGGCGCUAAAGCUAAAGUGAGGAUGCUUUAAAAAAUAAUGCCAUGAGUAGUUUUUAUUUAUCAGUGAACCAAGUUGAGUAAAGAGAAGAAACCUAAAUGAAACCAGUAUUUGGUGUGAGCAGCCUUGCCUUUAAACUAGAAGCAGUUCUCGGUUCUUGGCAGGUCGGUUGUACCCGGCAUCUUGAACAAGUUGCCACAGUUCUGUGGAUUUAGGCAUCUCAGCUGCUUCUGUCUCUUCAUGUGAUCCAAGACAGACUCCAUGAAAUUAGGAUCAGGGCUCUGUAGGAGCAAAACCAUCUGUUGCAGGACUCCUCGUUCUUUAUAGUUUUUUAUGACUCUGGCUGCGUAACGCAUUGGGACCUGAUGGUGCUGCAUGAUGGAGAAUCUAAACGUCUAAAGUGCCUAAAAUCUUUGCACGGUACUGUAUGUUAAGGCCGUGUUGUGAAAUGGGAAUGUGAAAACUUCUCCCAUAAAGUCGUCCGUGGGCUGGUUGUCCAUCCGGUAUUGGCCAAUUUAUGGCAGGAGAUGAAACGUGUGUAGUCUACGGAGACCUAACCUCUGAAAGAGGAAGUGUUUUAGUCUUGACACUCAGUGAAACUCGGUUAAAUAGACAGUCGCUACCAGUCAUGUGCUUUUUAACGUGGGCGACACCACACUGAGAAAUGGAGAUGCUGAAUGGGAACCGGCGGCCGGUCUGCUCAUGGGAAACCAGCGGCAUGGAGGAGGACAGCGAGUGCCCCUGCUGCUGUGGAGAGGAGGGUAGAUUACAUCGGCAAAAUUCUUUGAUUCGCCUUCUUCACCGGAGAGAAAAGCGACUUACGCGAAUGGCCCAUUUUUUAGCGGUGGCGCUUCUUCUGGUGAUUUCAGUGGCACUGGCUUUACUUCUCGCGCUGCUGCUUGGAAGGAGCGCUCCUGACACACCGGACAGCCAGCUCAUGAUGCAUCGGGAAACAAAUUCCUCUGUCAUCAGCAGCAAACAGCAGCAACAUGAAAUAGCAGACAUGUAUCCAAGCGCCAUGCUGACAGCUCCCAAUGACAAUUUCACUGUUGGGAAAUGUCUUCAGUGGCAGAGUACUUUAGGAAAUGCCUACUGUGACAGAGGUUUCAACUACUCCAAUGGAAACCUUGUGGUGCCCAGACAUGGCAAGUACAAAGUUUUCCUGCAGAUCACCUACGAGAGUGAUCCCAACAAAUGUCAUGGACAAGAUGAGAUAAGACUCUCCACCAAGGUCUCAGUUUUCCGGGAAGCUUACCCUAAGGACACAGAUCUCCUGUCAUCAUUCGACACAGUGAAUUGUAGCAUGAAUAACUGGAGUAAAUCACUCUAUACAGCCGGCUUGUUUGACCUGCCAGAAAACAGCAAACUAUGCGUGACAAUAUCACACCCUGAACUUAUUGUCAAGAGGGAAGAAUUGACAUUCUUUGGUGUUGAACUUCAGCACUCCAUGAGAAUUUUAGGGAAGACACCAGUGUAGUUAUAUGCUUUCCUUUUACUAUUACUGCUUAUGAAAAGUGUAAACUCACUGAUGAAUUUGCAACAUUAAGAAGUUAGUAGUAUUUACUGUACUGCAGGUUUGCUUUAUCUCGUUCAAGUUAUAAGCUGCAUUAUUUUUAACUCAUUAAUAACUGCUCCCUGAACAGUGAUUCAACUAGAGCUGCAAUGAAAAUCAAAAUUCUCUGGUUCCAGCUUCUUAACAGUAAUAUUUUCUGCUUUCUUUA